AUGGCCAAGACCCAAAAGAACAAGGCCACGUCCUUUCAUUUGGGUCAACUGAAAGCCAAGCUCGCCAAGCUCAAGCGUGAGCUCUUGACACCCUCGGGUGGUGGCGGCGGCGGCGGUGCCGGCUUCGACGUUGCGCGUACGGGUGUCGCGAGUAUCGGCUUCAUCGGCUUCCCGUCCGUGGGAAAGAGUACCUUGAUGAGCAAGUUGACGGGCCAGCACUCCGAGGCCGCGGCGUACGAGUUCACGACAUUGACGUCCGUUCCGGGUCAGGUCACUUACAAUGGUGCGCCGCUGCAAAUCAUUGAUUUGCCGGGUAUCAUUGAAGGAGCCAAGGACGGCCGCGGUCGUGGUCGCCAGGUCAUCGCCGUCGCAAAGACGUGCCAUCUCAUCUUCAUCGUCCUGGACGUCAACAAGCCCCUGACGGACAAGCGUGUCAUCGAGACGGAACUCGAAGGCUUCGGCAUCCGCAUCAACAAGUCGCCGCCAAACAUCACCUUCAAGAAGAAGGAAAAGGGCGGCCUCAACAUCACGAGCACCGUGCCCCUCACCCACAUUGAUCACGACGAGAUCAAGGCCGUUAUGAACGAGUACCGCAUCAACUCGGCCGACAUUGCCAUUCGCUGCGACGCCACCGUUGACGACCUCAUUGACGUCCUCGAGGCGAGGAGCAGAAACUACAUCCCCGUCAUCUACGUCCUCAACAAGAUUGACGCCAUCAGUAUCGAGGAGCUCGACUUGCUCUACCGUAUCCCGAACGCCGUGCCGAUCAGUUCGGAGCAGGGCUGGAACAUUGAUGAGCUGAUGGAGGCAAUAGAAGCUAACGGUUUUGAUUUUCUUUUCUUGGCGUAUAGGUGGGAUAAGCUCAAGCUGGUUCGCGUUUAUACGAAGCCAAAGGGCAAACUGCCAGAUUACUCUCAGCCCGUCGUGCUCCGCUCAAACAGGUGCACGGUCGAAGAUUUCGGUGAACCUUCUUUUCUCUCCCCUGCGACAAAGGGGCGCGCGAAAUGUAACCAAAUUCACAGGAGUAUCCUCGAACAGUUCAAGACCGCCAUUGUGUACGGCAAGUCCGUAAAGCAUCAGCCUCAGCGCGUCGGUCUAUCUCAUGAGCUAGCCGACGAGGAUAUCGGUACGUUUUCAUCUUGUGUCGGGGAUUCCCCCCACCAAUCCUUAGUUUCCCUGGUCGUCGUCGUCGUCGCCGUCGUCGUCAUCAUCAUCAUCUCAAAACCUUCAUUUGCCCCCGCGAACUACUCUACAAGAGCCGGCGAGGAAAGGAAGCGUGCCUCAAGUCAAUCACAAUCGUCAAGCGCUGACGAACGCGGCGACGAGCUAAAACUCGGCGGCGCAUGGCGGCCGUUUGUCGUCAUGCUUCUCCCCACGCCGCCUCAAAAUGCCUUGCCUGGCCCAAGGAGAAACAAGCCCAGCCCAGCCCAGACCCAGACUUUCAGCCCGCCUUCGGGGUCCUCCUCGUCCGCAAACCCCCCAUUUUGGCGAAGGGGACACAAAAUUCAAGCCACUUGCCUCUUUCCUCCGCCAUCCUCCCCCCCUCCACGCCCCCUUCCCUCCAAGUUACCUGCCGCGAUCUUACUCGAGUCCCGAUUCCAUGGCAUCCGAACAUUGAAACGAAAGGAACCGGCCGACCCCUACUGCAUCUUACGCGCGAACAAGGCUGAGCUGGGCGAGUAA